UAUACCAACAAGAAACGGAGCUGUAGACCCGCAAGCAAAAGCAACGGACUUUAAAACCCUAAAAAUUUUUAAUCUCCACUCGCAAGACAUUCUUUUCUUUUCUUCUCUCGCAAAACAACGAGAGAGAACUCUGCAUUUAAUCGAAUUGAUCUGAUUAGUUUUAAAAAAAAAUUAUAUAAAAAUAAUAAAAAGAACGGAAGAACAUUGAAAAUGUCGGCUGUAGUCUGCGGCAAGAGAUCAUACUUUGAUGAAAUUCCGGCACCUAACUCAGGCUCAUCGUCGCCGCCGAGUGCAAAGAAGCUUCGUUGCUCGUCCUCCACCUCUCCGGUCCGGUUCCCGGUUUCGCCGCCUCCGCCGUCGCCUUCGCCGAGCCUCAUUGAUCAGCUGAGAGCCCAGUUUCCUGAUUUCGACACUGAGCUUCUUGAGAAGGCUUUAGAAGAAUGUGGCUACAACUUGGAUGCUGCUAACAAAUGCUUGAAUGAGAUGCGGCUUGGACUUGCACAGGGGAAGUCCUGUGGUAAUGUUGAAGUAAAUGCAAAUAUGCAGAGUGGUGCAUGGCCAACUAAUGGAGUGGUAAUGCCUACUGAAGAUCAUACCGUCCAAGGUAACAUUCCAAUUGACGGUGUUCAUUGGGUUGAUAUGUUUGUGAGGGAGAUGAUGAGCGCUACUAGCAUUGAUGAUGCUAGAGCUCGUGCUUCUAGAUUAUUGGUUGCUUUGGAGAAAACCAUUUGUGUGCAAGCUGGUGCAGAAGCAGCUCAAAACAUUCAGAAGGAAAAUAUGAUGCUGAAGGAGCAAGCCGAAGGGCUUCUCAGAGAAAAUGGCAUUCUGAAACGUGCUGUGGCCAUCCAACAUGAGCGCCAGAAGGAGCUUGACGAUAAAAACCAAGAGGUGCAGCAAUUGAAGCAGCUGGUUACUCAAUAUCAGGAGCAACUGAGAACUCUACAGGUGAACAAUUAUGCGUUGAAACUGCAUUUGCAGCAGGCUCAGCAGUCCAACUCGAUGCCUGGACAUUUCCAUCCAGAUAUCUUCUAAUAAACAUAGAAAAUUUAAACUAGUCAUAUAUGCUUGCUGGCUUCUUUUAGAUCUCAUGUAGGGUGUUUGAAAGCAUCUUGUAAAUGAUGAUCACCAAAUAGGGAACAUGAACAGGAUUUGAUUUGAUUGGUACUUGUAUGCUUUAGGGAGCUUUGAUGGAUAUUGUGGAAAACAGGAAAAGAGAGGUUUACUUCUGAUGUUUUCACUAA